CAAUGACUUCUUCUACUCGAAAUUUGGCCUGGAAUGAACAGUUAUUUCACUUCAAAAUAUUUUGCUUCAUAUUCACUCUUCCCACAAUGCUCCAUUUAUUUACAAUAUGUCUGCGCCCAUGAAACUACUCGUGUUGACCGUCUACCACUGAGUUUGGACUAAGUUUUCCCAGCAGUCGGGAAUUCUGCUGGUCAUUAUGAAGCGUAAAGGAGAGAAUCCGUCACAGGAAAAUGUUGAAAAAUGGCGAAAAGAGCAAAUCCCGACAGAAAAUGAAAAUUACACACAUUUGAACUUUAAACUCGAGCUGCGAGAUGCAACCACGAUUUUCAUCGCUCUUGAAAAGUUCAUACAGCAAGCUAAAGGAUAUCUGGAAGGUGUACGCAGUGAAGAUAUAGCUGCAUAUUACUGCCGAUCGUCACCAGAAUGUCAAGAAAUAUUUCAGAUAUUGGAGGCAGGGAAAAGAAAACCACAGGAAUAUGCCUUGAUAUUCGAAACCUUAGAAUGUAUGCUUAUAAGAUUUGGAGAUGACCUCAGUAACUUGAAAACUGUUGGCCAUAGUUUAGUGAGACGGCUACUGGCAGGUCAUAUGGGUGCCAUCUUUAGUAUGUUAUGGCCCAGCAACAAGGCUAGUCACAUAAAGGCCAGCUUGAAGUUACUCACUUCAAUGGUUAUGCUAAGUGACAGUACAGCAAGAGAUGUUCAGGCACAAUUUGAUUUUACACACCAAGCUCUACCUGCUCUAUUACUCAGAAGAAAUAUUCAGGACCCUCAAGAUAUUCGCACCUGUCUGCUACAGUUCAUUAUGUCAUUUUUGAAUAGUGGAGACAGCAGUGUGGUUCGUCAGUUAGUUGAGCAGAAAGGAUUUCUCAAUAGCAUAUUUUUUGGCAUGGUUAAUGACAGACUGUCCACAGUGCAGUUAAUACUUGGAACAUUACAAGAAAAGGUUGUUCUUAACCCUUAUAUCAGCAAAACUGCAAAGAUCCGUCUGUUCAAUGACAAUAUUUUGAAGCAGCUGCUUCAGCUGUACAAAUGGAAAGGACCGACAAAAUGGAAAGCUUCACAAGAAGAUGCCAUGGAGCAAGAGCUAGAAAUAGAGGAGGAUGAAAAUGAGGACAGAAAAGUUGUCAGGGAGCAAAGGAACGUGACACUGGACCAGAAAAGACAGAAGUAA